CUGACAACAUAGGAAGCAUGAAUCAACAUCAUUGAACCCAUGGACGACGAGGACGAUGACGUCUAGAUGGUUUCGACCCUCACUGACGUACAAUGUUUUACACAAAUCGCUCGACUCUAUAUAACAGGCUUCUACCAAGCUCUUGGCCCAAGAAAGUGGCAAGACAUUAUUCACUCGAAGAAGCACACAAAACAGAUCAGUCUUAAUCUGGUUACCAUUCUCCACACCUUUCACUUGGCAUUGCUUCUAUUCUACUAUGGCUACUCAAGCUAUUCACAAUGCAUCUCGGGCCUUCUGGAGCGAGGUUGAUGCGCUCCGAGGCGAGCAACAGGCAGCUCAGACUACCGAACAACGCGUUCCGCAGUCGUAUAAAGAGGAGCCCAUUGCUGGCGUCCAGGGCAAAGGAACCAUAAACGACCCAUACGAUGCGGGCAACCGAGACGAACAACCGGAAGCCCCCAUAUCCAAAGAAAAUACCGCUGCCACUACAGAGCCUCUUUCUUCCACAACUCCCGGCACCGGUACUGGCGCUGGCGCUAUUAGCGGCACUGGCACUGGCACCGGCACCUUCCAGGACAAGUACCGGAGAGGCAGUGACAAAGCAACACUCGUAUCCUCGGGCAUGGAGCAUCCUUCUGGUCUUGGUGCAGGAAACACUCAGAAAUAUGAGGGCCUCGGCGGGUCUCGCUCUAUGACUGAUGAGCCUCAACCUACCGGGGCCACCUCUCAACCCUCUGGCUCUACCUCUGCUGCGACGGCCGCCGCAGGAUCUACAACUGGAUCCACUGCUGCUGGAGGUUUGUCCGAACAACGAAGCCAGCCUUUAUCCACACCAUCCCAGACCCAGUACCAGAAAACAGCCGCUGACUCCACUGCUACUGGCACUUCAACCUCACAGCCCGAGGUUCAGGGCACGGGGGGUGCUGGCGGGCCUAGCACUACUGGUACCUCAGCCUCACAGGCCCAGACUCAGGGCAAGGAAGGUGCCGUCGAGUCUAGCACCACUGGAACAUCAGCCUCAAAAGGCAAUAAGGAUGGUGCCGGCGCCCAGAGUGCUGACGAUGUUGCCGCUAUGGCGAAAAAGAAGGGUGUCAGCGAGGAGACUCUCAGGGGCCCCAAGGUUUCCGUACCCCGGGAAUCGUACGCAAAGCAGCAGAAGUUUAGUACUGCGGGGUUGAAAGAGGGCGAAUCGACCGGUCAACCCAAGACAUCCAAGCCUGAAGGGAAAUCUACUGAAAGCGGCCAAAAAGCCAGUGAUACCAAGAAUGCCAGCAAUGGGAAGGAUAGCGGUGUGCAGCACCAUAGGAGCGUGAAGGAGAAAAUCAGUGACAUGCUGCAUCACCGCUAAGCCCUCCUUUUCUGUGGUAAUGCAGCCGCUACGCGAGUAAGGCAAAUGGUAUGGCCGUUAAUUAUGAUUUAAUCGGUAGGCAACGCUUCCAUUAAUUGUAUUAUAAUAGUUGAUAUGUAUUAUGAAUCGUAUGAAUAUACGUAUAUACAAAGUCUACCCAUUAUUAUACCAUCGUAGUUGUACCAAUCCCGCCUAUGCGUAUACAUGUCAGAUGUAGCGCAACAUCACUCAAACAGCAACUUCAAUUCCUCAAUCCUCUCCUU